GGCGGAUGACCUCUCUCUGCCCCGUGGCGGAAGGUGGAACUUCCUGCUCCGAACCGGGCGAGAGGAUCGUGUGUGUGUGUCGGAAAACUACCAGAUGGCUGACUCGUGAACGUCAGUCGGGGAGCAAGAAAGGCUGCGCUCCUUGCCGGGGGGGGGGGCCCUGAGGUGCUGGUGGGCGGGGCGCGUGCGCGCAAGCAAGCGACAGAAGCGGCGGCGGCGGCGGUGGUCGCGGGAGGCGACGGAGAAGAGCAGCAGCUCGCAGCACCAUCGUCCCCGCCCGGAAGCUGAAGCGGCGACGGGGCAGCUGACUGGGGGAUGGAAGCGGGGAAGAUGGAUGAGAAUGAAUGGCGUUACCACGGAGAAGGCAACAAGAGCCUCGUCGUCUCCCACAAACAGCGUUGUGUGGUACUGCGUUUCUUGAAGUUUCCUCCAAAUCGAAACAAGACUCCAGAGGAAAUCUUUCACCAUCUUCAGAACAUAGUAUACUUUGGCAAACACAUAAUGAAGCAGUUUUUUGGGGAGAAGUAUGUUCAUCAUGGGGAGGUUGUACAGCUAUCUUUGGACUUCGUAAAACAGCUUUGUUUAAAGAUCCAAUCAGAGAGGCCAGAGUCUCGCUGUGAUAAAGACAUAGAUGCUCUUAGUGGCUAUGCUUUGUGCCUUCCUAAUCUAACCAGGCUACAUUUUGUUGAACAUCGACCAAUACUUUGUAUAGAAAUUAAGCCCAAAUGUGGGUUCCUCCCUUUCUCCAGUCACAUCUCGCAAGAGAUCAAGGGCACAGUAUGUCGUUACUGCAUGCAUCAACAUCUAAAGGUAGCAAAAGGAAAGUGGAAGCAACUAAGUAAAUAUUGUCCAUUAGAUCUCUUCUCAGGAAAUAAACAGCGAAUGCACUUUGCUUUGAGAAGCCUAUUGCAAGAGGCACAGAAUAACUUAAAAAUAUUUAAGAAUGGUGAACUAAUUUAUGGCUGUAAAGAUAAUGAGGACGUGCUCUCAGACUUGAAUGAACUUGCUCGCCAGCUGAAGCCUUUCUUCUUUCCUUCAAAUGGCCUGGUCAGUGGGCCUCAUUGUACACGGACUAUUCUGAAAGAAUUAAUCCAUGUAAUAACGAUGACUUUACUCAGUAGCACAGAUGUCUGCAAAGCAGGUGAUAUGAAGAUUGUUCCCUCCUCACAAGGAAGGAGUUACUGUGAAGCCAGUGCUUUCAGUAAGGAGCUGGUAAGAAAUGGUAAAAAUAAAUUAGAAACCUCUGGUUUGCCAAGAGGAUGUCUCCUCUACAAAACACUUCAGGCUCAGAUGUUGGACAUGCUGGAUAUUGAGGGUGUUUAUCCUUUGUACAACAGAGUAGAGCAAUACUUGGAAGAGUUUCCUAAUGAGAGGAGCAUGUUACAGAUAGAUGGGCCUUACAAUGAAUCUUUCUAUGAGAAGCUACUAGAUCUCUCAACUGAAGAUGAUGGAACAGUAGCAUACGCAUUGACAAAGGUUCAGCAGUAUAGAGUUGCAAUGACAGCAAAGGACUGUUCCAUCAUGAUUGCCCUUUCGCCUUGCCUCCAGGAUGAAUGUUUGGAGCAGAGGCCAGUGAUUCCAACCUCUAAAUCAAGAUUCACCUUUUCAGUCUCUGUUUUGGACCUUGACCUUAAGCCAUAUGAAAGCAUCCACCAUCAAUACAAACUGGAUGCGAAGAUUGUCAACUACUAUUUGAAGAACACACAGGCCAAAGAUGACUCUGUUAUGUCAAAUCUCUUAAAAGAAAAUGAAGACUGCACACUAGUUCUCCAUCAAAUGUAACUGGCUAUCUUUUUAAUUGUACACAGAUGGGGAAUAAUAUUUCCCCCCCCUAUUUUCAGUUGUGCUUUAAAUUUAUUUGCCUUUCAGAAACACAGAAUACCACUCAACCACCUUUCUUUCAAUAUAUAAUAACCUUGAAGGAAUGUAUUCACUGUAAAAGAGACGUGUGCCAUACCUUACAACCACUAGUAGGUGCCGGAAAAGUAGAUCUGUUUUGAAUCAAGGGACUACUAUGAAGCAUCAAAAAUAACUUUUUGUCCUUGAGCCAAUGAGCUAGAGAGUCCCCAUGAGGUGUUCUAAUGCUACUCUGUUAAUUGCUGAGUAGCUCUUGCUCAAAAUAAACAGUAAAAGUGAAUGUUCACAUCAAGAUCACAUUCAUGAGCUGAAUAUUUGACAGAUCAAGCUGCAACAUACGCAGCACUAAUAGUAGCAGGAAUAUUUUUUCAGAGACUUGUAAAAAAAUCUACUUUGGGAAACAAAGUGGUGAUGUGGUGCUCGGUUUCAGAUGUUUUUAAAUACAUGCAAAUACACUUACAAAACAAGAUGAGUCUUUAGGGAUAAAAACAGUUCUGGCUACUUAGAGUAAAACUAUUAGAGCAAACUAGCUUUCUUAAUGUAAUAGAUGCUGCUGUGAAAAUUUUGCCAAAUGACUUAAUCACAAAGAAGCCCUUUCUAACAAUGGAGUGCUAGCACAAUUAUACUCAUUUGAAGUUAAAUAUUGGACUUAAGUUUUCCUGAACGAAAGGGUUUUCCCCCCUUUCUAACCAUACUUUGCUUAGAACAUACUUUACUUUCAGUUUUUUAAUGCCCUUUAGGCAAUAAAAACCUGAGGUUCAUUCUUGAGCUUGGUAAACUAAGCCCAGCAGUAGUCAAGAUGUUCUAGUAAUUAGUGUCCGUCAGAAAUUUGCUUCUCAUUAAAUAGGCAUUAAUUAUCGUUGGCAUGGGACAUUUUCUCUAAAAGUGCCUGUGUUUAGCCCUUUGCCUAUCUUCUUAUGUACAAAAAUAGGGGGAAAAAUAUGCCUCAACGUUGGCAGUCUAGGACUUAGCUGCCUUCUGCACUGCACAAGAGCAAGGACUUUUGGUGAAUAAAUGUCAUGGUUCUUGAGCUUCUGAUUUAGAAGUUCUGGGAGUGCAUAUCAUGAUUUACAGGCUUAUUUAGGAACAGGAAGCAGAACCUUUCACACAUCAGUCUGUCUAGUGGCAAGUGCUGCUAUGUAAACUUACUGUAAGUAGGUAAGGGUCUAUUCUGUGAGAUAAAGCUGCUUAAACCAAAACAAUAAAGUAUCUGUUUUAAUCUAUUUAGGGGCAUAAUCUUAUGUUAUUACUUCUGCUUGUGUCACCAGUGAUCUAACCAGCUUAUCUAUUUUAACACCUCUGUCCCUAAGAAUCUACAUGGAUACUCAACAUAAUGAUUGAGCUGCUAUUUAGUAGCAGCUCAAAGCGUAGGUCCCUUUUUGCACUAUCCCUAUUGAUAAUACAAAAAAUACUUAUUUUGCAAGUCUCUAGCAUUUGGUGAUUCUUGCCAACACCUUAAUAAUCAAAUUCUGUAUCUUGGGAUGACAUCUGUCCAAUCUAAUAAUCUUUGGUAGACUAGAGACUGUAGAAAAAGUCACUAAACCUCAAGAAGCUGAACUGCAGUUUAAGACAUAGUUCUGGAAUAAGACUUGAGGCUGUGGUUGAAUCGAGUAAGCCUGCCAUGUCGAAUUGUUGGUUGCAUCAUGAACAAAGUGGCAUUGGUAUCAGGUAGUAGCUUAGUCAGAUGGGACUGUGGGCCAAACUGUGUAUUACAUUACAACAUGUAGCUUAAAUAACAGGUACAAAAGGCCUGAUGAGGGGACCACAGUGGGUGAGAGGUGACUCUUUCUCUUCCUGCUUUGGUCUUGCUGAAAAGAUCCCCUUCCUGAGGCAAAUAGCAGCAGCUUCAGCUGAGGGCAUUUUUGUCAAAACUGCAGUUAAAUAUCUCUUCACCCAUGAUCCUGAUCAGGGCCCUGUUCUGUGGCUGUUAUUUAAGAUUAACUUGCAUGCACACAAACAUGCAGAACCAAAGUGUACGGAAUGUUUAAUGAAAUCUGUCCUCCUUUCUUAGCAUGUAAAGCUUCUGCAAGAAGGCUGCUAUUCCCAUCAUUCCAAAAGUAAUGCAUAAAAUAAAGAAAUAGAACCGAUAGCUGUAACAUAACCCUGCAUCUUUUAAGUUUGUCUUGAAAAAUCCAUUGGAAACAGGUCAAAUUACAUAUACUGUACUAAGUUAAAAUGCUCCCUUUAAAAAAGUGCUUUCAAUUUUGAUCUUGAGGACCUUUGAAAACAGAGAUUGCUUUUUGCAAGGAUUGUUGCAGCACUUCUAAAAGAGCAGCAAGAACGCUGAUAUAGUUACAUGGUAGAGUUUCAUAAACCUAAGCUGAUCUUAGCAGAUCUGAGCCUAGAAAGCAUGUAGGUAAUAUCUGGAACAUGUGUUAUGUGGGUCAGUGGUCUGGAGUGUCUUCUCUUUCUAUAGGCAAUUCUCAAACCAACACCUUACAUUUUGUAAACUAACCUUUUUUUCUGAUCCACUGUAUGUUAAAAAUCACCAAUUCUGUUCCAUGAAAACGGUAUAAUGAACAUGGUUUUGUCUUUAAUCACAGGUUGUGGGAGAAGUAGUAGUUGUGCUACUGUAUCUUCUUAAGACACUUAAACUUGAUUUUGUUAAACUUGUGCUUUGCAGUAUUUCUGUCUAUCUAAAAAUCACUGUCAUGUAUACAGCUGUGAAUUGAAACUGCCACUUUUAAUAGACUUGAAUUUAUCAGAUUGAUCUCAAGAGGUUCCAGGAAAUGCUAUGGAAAGGGGGUGGGGGGAAACACCACUUUGGUACAUUGAUUCAGAAAGGUGUGUGUGUUUAAAACAAAAUUCACUCUACUUGUAUAUUUUAUUUGGCAUUUUGUAUUUAAAUGGCUGUAUUUAUUUGUCAUGACAAUUUAUAUAUAUAUAUAUAUAUGUGCCAUAAUUGUACAGAUAGCAUGUUUUAUAGAUAUGGUUUCUAAAUGGAAAAUAACUUAAUGUUUCUAUUCAAUAAAAGUAUAGAUGCAUAA